AUGCUCGAGAAGAAUAGCCCUCAUGCCCUCGACGUUCGCUUCCACAUCUUCGCCCUCAUUCUCUCGGGGAAGAGGUUCGCUUGCUUCACCCGCCACUCGUCCCGUCUGAUGGUGCCGGGUGCGUUUACAGUCCCGGCAGACAGCAUGAGGCCCAAGCAGACUCGGAAGCUUAUUGGGAGUCAAGGAGCGAUGGAGAAUUCGCAAGACAACGAUGGUACUGGAAAAGUAUUAAAGGUCAAGAGAAUCAAUUUGCCGUUAUGGGUCCACGUAGGUGUUCAGAUCGCCGAGAAUGAUUUCGUUCGUGACGAGAAGGAAGCCGAUGCCCUUUAA